UUGGUGUAUCCUACAACAUACAACUAUUACGAAGAAGCAAAUGAAUAUGGAGAACUCUCGUUCCAUUUCACACUUUCAGUUCCUGAGGGAGAAGAAAAAGCAAUCUAUCAUGUACAAUCUCUUGCAGGAUGUGAAGGAAAACCUCACAUAAUAACUACUGUUGCAAUUGACAAACCUGCAAGAGUCGAAGACGAUGUUUUGUUCGCGUCCAUUGCUGGUUUUGGCAUGGGAGAACCAAUUCCAAUUUCCCAUUUCACAGAAUACUCAGCACAACAUUUUCAAAAUGUAGAAUUCGUGUUCUACGACCAUCAAAAGUUCCUGCUAACAAAACCAAAGAAACAAUUUGUCUCAAUAUUUGUUGCUGGUCAUGUGGCUGACAAAGAGCCAUCAGAUACUGACUAUGAAGAAGAGGAGGAGGAAGAAGAAAACGAUAGCGAUGUCGUUCUUAUCGAAUAA